AUGCUGUCAAGAGCUCAUGCAAUGUUCUCUGGUGAUGGAGGCUCUGGUAGCAUUCAACAAGUUAACUUCUGCCAAGGAGGUCCUGUGAAAUAUGUAAAAAGACUAGACUCCAAAGACAAAGACAACUUCGAGUGCAACUACACAGUGAUUGAAUCUGACGCAUUUGGCGAGACGGUUGAUCAUAUCACUAACGAGAUCAAGUUUGAGGCUGCUCCUGGUGGUGGUUGUAUAUGUAAAUCGAAAAGCUCUUAUCACCCUACUAAGGCUGGUGCAGUGUUGAAUGAAGACGAGCUGAAGGUAAGAAGAGAAAGUUCAAUAGGAUUGUACAAAAUAGUGCAAGAUUACCUCUUACAAAACCCCGAUGUCUAUGCUUAA